GCGUCUGUCAGUGUGGUGCAAAUUGGUCUUAUGGCGACAGAACGCUUUUUAUUUACACGUAAUAUGCAUUAAUUCAAAAUGAAGGUCUUUAUUUUGUGCAUCAUAUUGUGUGCAUUCUUCGUGCCUGUUGCGUCUGAUGUUGGUGCAGAUGUAGUGUCAGUGUCAGUGAUGGAGGGAGAUUCAGUCACUCUAUACACUGGAGUUAACAAAUCCCAACAAGAAAGAAUAAAAUGGUAUUUUAAUAGCAGUCGCAUCGCAGAAAUCACUCAAUAUCAGAGGAAGAUCUGUACAGAUGAACAGUGUGAUGAGAGAUUCAGAGCCAGACUGGAAGUGGACCAUCAGACUGGAUCUCUGACCAUCACAGACAUCAGAAUUGCAGACUCUGGACUCUGUCAACUAGAGAUCAUCAGCCGCAACACUGAAAUAAUAUUCAAUGUUACUGUUAGAGCCAUUUCUGCUGCUGAACUAGAUAAAAUGAAGAAAAUGGGAGAAUCUGUCAGUUUAGAUCCUGGUGUAAUACAAAACCCAGAUAAUGUGAUGAUGUGGUAUUUUAACGACACUCACAUCGCUGAAAUCACUGGAGAUCAGAGUGAGAUCUGUGAAGAUGAACAGUGUAAGGACAGAUUCAGAGACAGACUGAAGCUGGAUCAUCAGACUGGAUCUCUGACCAUCAUGAAGACCAGAACCACAGACUCUGGACUUUAUUAUUUACAAAUCAACAGCAGCAGAUUCAGCAUCAGUAGGAGCUUCAGUGUUAGCAUCAGUGGUGAUCAAACAGAUGAUGUGUCCGUGAUGGAGGGAGAUUCUGUCACUCUACACACUGGUUUUAAACAUAUCAUACGAGAAGGCAGACAUAUUAGAACAGAAUGGUAUUUUAAUGAUAUUCACAUAGCACAACGCAAUGGAUCUGUGAGUAAGAUCUGUACUGAUUUAGAGCGAUUCAGAGACAGAUUGAAGCUGAACAGGCACACAGGUGAUCUCACCAUCAGACAUAUCAGGACCUCAGAUUCAGGACUUUAUAAACUACAGAUUAACAUCAGACAACACUGCAUUCUGAAGAUGUUCAAUGUUGCAGUUGAUGUUCCUGUUGUUCAACGAGAUGAAAUAGAGAGAAAUUCAGUGAAGGAGGGAGAAUCUCUCACUUUAUAUCCUGGUGUAAUAAAAAACCUAAAUGAUGUAAUGACAUGGCAUUUUAAUCACAUUCUCUUCACUGAAAUCAUUGAAGAUCUUAGCUUUACCUGUACACACGACCCGUGUACAUAUGUUGAUGGGAGAUUCAGAGACACAUUGAAUCUGGACAAUCAAACUGGAUCUCUAACCAUCACAAACAUCACAACUGAACACGCUGGACAUUAUCAUCUAAAGAUCAACAGCAGCAGAUUCAGCAUCAAAAGGACCUUCAGUGUUACUGUCAAUGGUUCAGGUCAGUCUUCAGCAGGAAUACAGUGCAUGUUGCUUCUGUUCUGCUGCUCGUGGCUGCAGUUGUUGGUGUGAUUUCUCUAUUGGUGCACAUACUCUUCACAGAACAGAUCACAAAAGUAGACUGCUUAAUGUAAAUGAUCUAGGAUGAACCGUGAUUUUUGCCAAAGAUCUGAACUGAAACUGUUACUUUUACAGAAAAUUUUGAUAUGGAUAAAGCUGUGUUAACAUACCUGAAAUGAUCCAAGUUUUGAUGUAAAUUCUGUCUAACACAUGUAGACUGAAAACAGUGUUAUAACCUACCACACUGCCAUAAACAUCACACAGUAAUUCAGAAAUACAUGCAAGGGAUGCACAAAAUACAUAAACACAAAUGGUGACACAUUCUGGUCAUACUGUAAAUGCAAUGAAUACACAGGCCAAGCAUGUAAUGAUACCUUGCACAAAACUUGUACCCUUGUAAACACAAUGGGUCAUUGAUGAUACUUACAUUAUCAAACUGACCCAAAACAGACUGUAGAUUUCAGAAAACAAUGCAGAAAAUCAAAAAUGUGAACCUUUUUUUUUAUAUAAAUAACAUAUCUUCAAGCUUGUAUGACUGAUGUAUCGGUUUCAUUUUGGAUUUUUCCUCUUUUUGACCAAUGGUAAGCUCAGACAUGUGGUAGGAAGACUUGGACUACACCUUCAUAUGCAGGGAUCAAUGUUGGCCAAAGAGUGGUUGGACUUAACAAUAUGCAGUAGUGGAGACACAACUUGCAUAACUGUGGAAGGAAAUCUGGUGGCAUAAAUGAAGCCUGGGACUGCAGAUGAAAUCAUAAGUAGAGCAAAGGAGGGUAACUUAGAGUCCAGUGUUUAAAAGCAGAUUGCACAUUUGGAAGAGAACACAAUUUUCAUAUAAUUAUAAUGAUGAUAAAUAUGUAAUAACACUUGUUGGAUUUGUGCUGGUCAGACAGUGUCUGAGCAUUGAAACAUAUGCGCAACUGUAUUACUCAAUAAACUCUGCACCUUUUUUAAUAGUUAUCAUCACUUCGUCUCCUGCUUCUGCUCUUCUCUGGCUUUGCUCAGACAAUUUCUUGGCUGACAAAAGACUGUUAAAACAAUUUUAGGUAAGACAAAUGGCUAAUUGUGGGUACCAGACA